AUGCAAUCAAUCUCCUGUUUCAUUGUAGUCAUCGUUUGCUUGGUAAACAGUAAUGCAAAUGCUAAAGACUCCUUGACUGUGGGACAUUUGGAACUACUGGCAUUGCAUAAUGCAUAUCGACAAAGUGUAAAGUAUGGCAAAGUUGCAGGUCAACCGCCAGCAGCAAGCAUGGCAAAGCUCAUAUGGUCUUACGAAUUGGCUAAUGUUUCAAAGAGUUUGGCGAAAAAAUGUCAACCUUAUCCAAACAGUAUUACAAUGAGAGGUAAAACACGUUGGACUUAUGUUGGACAAAAUGUAGCUGUUGUUGCAGCAAUUAGAGAUGCUGCAGCCAGAUGGUUCAGCGAACAUUCAAACUAUAAUUUUGAAGCAAACGUGUGUAGACAGAAUAGACAAUGCGCAAAUUAUAAACAGAUGGUGUAUUCUGAGACAACACAUAUCGGAUGUGCAUACAAAUUGUGUGAUAAUUUCAAAGCACCAUUUAAUAUUCUUGUUGUAUGCACUUAUGGACCUGGUGGUAAAUACUUCUCAAGAAGACCCUACACACCUUGGAAACACUCACUGGAUGAUUUAUUUUAUUCUCAAGAUUUCUACUGA